CAAACAACAACAGGAGGCUGUGUUUUUUGUGAUGUUGGUUUUUUUGGCUAUUCUGUUGGUUUGAUGGUAGUGUGAUGAAUUGGUGAUACCUAUGUUACAGUUUCGUGUUUAUUUUAGUAGCAGUGUUGUGAUUACAGUCCCUUUUUAUUUCCAAAGUUUACACUAUUGUCACUGGUUUGCAAUCUCUGUUCCGUUUUCUUUAAGUCUUUUAGUACAGUUUGUUUUUUUUAUUUCCAAGUACUGGAGUUCCAAGGUUUGUUAAUUGAUGGGUCAGCUAUUGUGAGUAAACUGUUGGUAGUCAGCACCACAGCUAGUUGUGGUUCAGCGUGUACUCAUUAUAUUUCAGGUCUGAGCAAGUCUUGUUCAUGCAUUAAUUAAUUAGUCUAUUCCUAGAAGGUUCUUAAAGAACUGUUCUGCUAGCUGGUUCUUAGGGAAAAGCUUCAUGACAAUGCUUCCAUUUUUCUGUAUCUAUCACUUUGCAGAAGUUGAUUUUUAAUUUUUUUCCUGAAUUUAUUUAUAUGUAGCUUUUUGUUGUGCUCUAUUACUUUGUUUGAACAGCUGUAGCAACGUGGCAACAUCUAGAAAGAGUGCUGAUAGCAUCAUUCCCUGCCUUUCUUUCUACAGUAGAUGUUAGUGUCACCCUGAGAAGUGCAUCCCUCCUUGAACUUCAGCUGUCAGGCUUUAGCUGAUCUGUGGUCAGCUCUGAUCAGUAGUGGUUUGAGCAAGAGUUAGCAGUGUUGUUUUGUAACCCUGAGCCUUGGCCAUUCUGAACUUGGUUUGAGGUAGAUUUUGUUAGUAAGCUGUUAUUUAUGCUCCCUGUUAUCAGGGAGUGAUUGUGUGUGUGUGUGUGCUUAGCUUACACUGGAGAUGUGAAGAGAUGAUUUUGUCCAUGACUCACAAAAAGCAUGUGUAGCACUGAUUGGAGCUUUCGUAAUAGGCAAAACCAUCAACCUGUUAUUCAGCAAAUGAGUUUAAUAAUACAUCACAUUCCCUUCCCCCAGUCAUUUUACCUGCAGGGCUGGUUUAAUUUCCAAAAAUGUUUUGAACUCUAAGAUGGCUUAAAAUCAAAACAUGUCAGCCUUCCCACGAGGGCCUCUUCCUUUCUUUGGUUGUACUACGGACUGCCUUCUUCAAAAGAUGAGCUUUGAUCCAAACCUUCUCCACAACAAUGGACACAACGGGUACCCCAAUGGUACUUCGGCCGCGCUGCGCGAGACUGGCGUUAUAGAGAAACUGUUGACUUCGUAUGGAUUCAUUCAGUGCUCAGAACGGCAGGCUAGACUGUUCUUCCACUGCUCACAGUAUAAUGGCAACUUACAGGAGCUCAAAGUAGGAGAUGAUGUUGAAUUUGAAGUGUCUUCUGAUCGCCGAACUGGAAAACCCAUUGCUGUUAAAUUAGUGAAGAUCAAACCAGAAAUAUUACCUGAAGAACGAAUAAAUGGACAAGAAGUAUUUUACCUGACUUACACUCCAGAAGAUGUUGAAGGAAAUAUUCAGCUGGAAACAGGAGAUAAAAUAAACUUUGUAAUUGAUACAAAUAAACAUACUGGUGCUGUAAGUGCUCGUAACAUUAUGCUAUUAAAAAAGAAACAAGCCCGUUGUCAAGGAGUAGUCUGUGCCAUGAAAGAAGCCUUUGGAUUUAUUGAGAGGGGUGAUGUCGUGAAGGAGAUAUUCUUUCACUACAGUGAAUUUAAAGGUGACCUAGAAGCCUUACAGCCUGGUGAUGAUGUGGAGUUUACAAUCAAAGACAGAAAUGGUAAAGAAGUUGCAACAGAUGUAAGACUGCUGCCUCAAGGAACUGUCAUCUUUGAAGACAUCAGCAUAGAACACUUUGAAGGAACUGUAACCAAAGUAAUUCCAAAAGUACCCAGCAAAAACCAGAAUGAUCCAUUACCUGGCCGCAUCAAAGUUGAUUUUGUGAUUCCUAAAGAACUUCCAUUUGGAGACAAAGAUACAAAAUCCAAGGUGACUUUGCUGGAAAGUGACCACGUUCGAUUCAAUAUUUCGACAGACAGACGUGACAAACUGGAACGAGCCACCAAUAUUGAGGUUCUCCCCAAUACUUUCCAGUUUACUAAUGAAACUAGGGAAAUGGGAGUGAUUGCUGCAAUGAGAGAUGGCUUUGGCUUCAUUAAGUGUGUUGACAGGGAUGCUCGCAUGUUCUUUCACUUCAGUGAAAUUAUGGAUGGAAACCAACUCCAUAUUUCUGAUGAAGUAGAGUUUACUGUGGUUCCUGAUAUGCUGUCUGCCCAAAGAAAUCAUGCUAUAAGGAUUAAAAAACUCCCAAAAGGCACAGUUUCUUUCCACACCCAAUCAGAUCACCGUUUUGUGGGCACUAUAGACAAAGAAGCCACUCCAGCCAAAGCCACUAGCCCAAAUAAAGGCAAAGAGAAGGAAGCUGAAGAUGGAAUAAUUGUUUAUGAUGACUGUGGAGUGAAACUGACCAUUCCUUACCAGGCCAAGGAUGUGGAAGGAUCUGCUAAUCCCCAGAUAGGAGAUAAGGUUGAGUUCAGUGUUUGUGAAGUGAAGAGAACUGGUCUGCAAACAGCAGUUUCUGUCAGAAUGCUUGGACGCAAUUACACUUCCAAGAGACUUUUGGGAUACGUGGCAGCCCUGAAGGAUAACUUUGGGUUUAUUGAAACAGCCAAUCAUGAUAAGGAGAUCUUCUUCCACUACAGUGAGUACUGUGGUGAUAUUGAUAGCCUGGAACUUGGAGACACAGUUGAAUACAGCUUGUCGAAAGGCAAAGGAAACAAAGUUAGUGCAGAAAAGGUGAACAAAACGCAUGCAGUGAAUGGUAUCACUGAAGAAGCUGAUCCAACUGUUUACUCUGGUAAAGUAAUUCGUCCUUUGCGGAGCGUAGAUCCAACACAGACUGAAUACCAGGGCAUGAUUGAAGUCAUGGAGGAUGGUGAAAUGAAAGGAGAAUUCUAUCCGUUUGGAAUUGUUGGAAUGGCAAACAAAGGUGACUGUCUGCAGAAGGGAGAGACAGUAAAGUUCCAGCUGUGUGUUCUUGGUCAGAAUGGGCAGACAAUGGCUGUCAACAUCACACCGUUCCGCAGAGCCACUGUGGAAUGUGUGAAAGACCAGUUUGGUUUCAUUAACUAUGAAGUGGGUGACAGCAAAAAGCUCUUCUUCCAUGUCAAAGAAGUACAGGAUGGUGUGGAACUACAAGCUGGGGAUGAAGUGGAGUUCUCAGUAAUUCUGAACCAGCGCACAGGGAAAUGCAGUGCCUGUAACGUGUGGCGUGUCUGUGAAGGCGCUAAGGCUGUUGCUGCUCCACGUCCAGAUAGACUUGUUAAUCGUUUAAAGAACAUUAAUCUGGAUGAUGCCAAUGCUCCUCGUCUAACAGUUCUUCGUCAGCCCAGGGGACCGGAUAACUCAAAGGGAUUUGGUGCAGAGAGAAAGAUCCGUCAAGCUGGUGUUAUAGACUGAUCAACAAAGCCAAUGCCUGAAGGAUGAAAAGCGGUGGGGGCUGAUGAAGGGUACUGAAUAUCUCCCUAUUCAUCCCUUCCAAAUUUUAAGAAGCUAUUACACCAGUUUUAACACCUUCUCAUGUUAUGUUUAAAAUAAAUUUAUGAAACCAUUUUAAAAUUAUGCACAGUUGCAUUCUGGAGAACUUCAGGUGGCGCCUUAUAGUAUCACAUUUUAGAAGCUUGUUUUGAAUGGUGCAUUUAACGCAACUGGUAACUGCAAAUCUACAUUGCCUAUGUGAGUAAACAUUAUAGACAGCUCUACUCUGGUAGACCUUAUGGAAUUCUGCACUACAUUUACCUAUGCUUUCUUUGUUACCUUGGCCAAGGUAUUUUACUAUGCCUUAGUAUUCAGUUGCGUUACGUCUUUCCUUCGAAGUGGAUGUGGAAAGCUCACUUCUGCUCACUCUGCUCAAAUUCUGAGGACCAUAGGAGGGUGGAGACUAAGUUCAGUUUGAUAGAAAACCUGUAUGAACAUUCAGAUAACUUAAGAUGAUGGCUAGAUGUUACUUUGUUUUCAUAUUUCAUUUAAUUUUGAAUCCUUUAGCCAGCGAAGUUGUGUUAGAGCUCAGUGAAAGUCUCUUUCUGGGGUAGACAUUUUUUGUAGUGUUCUGAAAUGCCUGCAGUGCAGAAUUUCAUAAGGCUGAGGUGUGCCAUCAGUGUGGUAAUUUAAAUAUAUUUAAAACAAUGCACAAGUUUGCUGCUGCUUAGAACACUGCAGCUUCUAAACCCAGUUUCUUUUACUGAUUUAAAUUUACAAAGAAAGAAAUUGUGCCUGAAGUGAAUCCAUUUUUUUUUUCUUUGCAGCCGGCACCCAGUGUACUGUAAAAGAAUAAAUACUUAGGCUUUCCAUAGCUGUAUUGAAACUUUCAUCAAGGUGAAAUAGUUGAUGUCUGUGUGCUUCCCUCCCCCUUCCCUCCCCACCUCCCAUCCUCUUCCCCCGUUUCCCCAGUCACACUUUAUCAAGCAAGAAAACUGAAUGAUUGGUCUAAGUAUUACUUUACCAAAAAAGAUCAGGAGUUCCUUUCUUUGAAUAGAGGGCAGUACUGUGGUUUUUUUUUUUUGUUUUGUUUUCAUGUUACCUCUAUUCUCAAUUUAGGGUUUUCUUCUCUGGGAGAUGCAUUAUCUUUGUAAAACAAACAUUGCUUUCUCCAAUUUUUUCUGUUAAUGGCAAAGAAUGGAAAUAGAAUAAAGUUUUACUGAUUUUGAACAA